GCACCUUGUCAAAGGCCUUCUGAAAAUCCACGUAAUCAACAUCCACAGAUUCUCCUUUGUAUAUCCCGCUUUUUAUUUCCUCGGGGAAUUCUAAAAGAGUCUCCUAAACGUAUCUGCCUCUCCCGCCACCCUGACAGGUACCUGAUGUGCAGUGACGCGAAUGAUCUCCGAGCCAAGGCGGAGUGGGAGGGCAAGGGCAGUGCUUCGCGAACCAAACUCCUGGACAAGCUUCACACGUACCUGCCGCCCUCCGUGAUGCUGCCUCCCCGCCGCCUACAGACGCUGCUCCGGCAGGCCGUGGAGCUGCAGAGGGACCGCUGUCUCUACCACAACACCAAAGCCGACACCAACCUGGACUCCGUCUCGCUGUUGAUGGACCACGCCUGCAGCAGGAAGCAGUUUCCUUGCUAUACCCGUCAGAUCCUGACCGAGCACUGCAACGAGGUGUGGUUCUGCAAGUUCUCCAAUGACAGCACAAAGCUGGCAACAGGGUCCAAGGACAACGCUGUCAUCAUCUGGCAAGUGGACCCGGACACGCACCAGCUGAAAUUACUGAAGACUUUAGAAGGCCACACUUACGGCGUGUCAUACCUGGUGUGGAGUCCAGAUGACACUUACUUGAUCGCCUGUGGCCCCGAUGAUUGUUCGGAACUCUGGCUGUGGCACGUGCAGACGGGAGAGCUGAGGACCAAGAUGAGUCAGUCGCACGAAGACAGCCUGACGUGUGCGGCCUGGAACCCCGAUGGCAAGCGAUUUGUCACCGGCGGGCAGCGAGGGCAGUUCUACCAGUGUGACCUGGACGGUAACGUGCUGGACUCGUGGGAGGGCGUGCGUGUGCAGUGUCUGUGGUGCCUCAACGACGGCAAGACCAUUCUGGCGUCUGACACCCACCAGCGGAUCCGAGGCUACAACUUCGAGGAGCUCACCGACCGCAACAUAGUGCAAGAAGACCACCCGAUCAUGUCGUUCACCGUCUCCAGAAACGGCCGGCUGGCCUUGCUCAACGUCGCCACUCAGGGGGUUCACCUCUGGGAUCUACAGGAUCGUGUUUUACUGCAGAAGUACCAGGGCGUCACCCAGGGUUUUUAUACCAUUCACUCCUGCCUCGGGGGCACGAGUGAGGAUUUCAUAGCCAGUGGCAGUGAAGACCACAAGGUCUACAUCUGGCAUCGAAAGAGUGAGCUUCCGGUGGCCGAGCUGACGGGCCACACUCGGACAGUCAACUGUGUGAGCUGGAACCCUCAGAUACCCUCCAUGCUGGCAAGCGCUUCUGACGAUGGGACUGUCCGGAUAUGGGGACCCGCACCCAGCCUCGACAGCGAGGAUCCAGAAGGGUGCAGCAGCAGUGUGGCAGACAGCUGACAACUGGCGACACCGAUCCGGUAACAUCCUCGCCGCUGGGCUCGGGUACCGGCCGGCGCCUGCUCGACUGGGAGGCUCUCCAUCCAGCUGCCAGAACGGAUAGCAGCAGCGUCUGCCCCUCUCUCCCUCCCCACCCACCCCCUCCUCCGACCUCCCACCCUCAGGCACGCCCAGUCGGGGUUUCCCAGCACGCUGGCGUUGACCCGCAUACCCGGAUGGUGCUAUCGAGGCGGGGCCAGCUCUAUUUCUUCGUGCCCAAGACCACGGCUGUCCUGCCCCGCCGGGGGGUGAGAGGAGGGGAGGGGCCUGCAAAGGAAACCAGGCAGGAUUGGUCAGCUUUGUUUCUCCUCUUCCCCUCUCCCCACCUCAGAGACUGGAAUUAUUUUAAACACAAAGAUAAAGGAAAAUCAGUGUCCUCUGGGUUGUCCUGUGCAGGAUCUGAGGGGUAGUGGACAAAACCACGGUGCUGUCUCUCUGCCGGGUGGGCUGUGGGUGUGCUGAGAGAGCGAGAUGAGCAAGUCGAACAAACAACAGAUUGUUUGCCCAUACUCAGACCAAUGUGUCCCUUCUCUUUCCACCCACAGUCAUCCCACCACCCCGUGAUCCUUGUCCAACCCCAGCUCAUAGCGGCAGGGCUGCCCAUCCCAGGCCUGGGGUUGAUCCAGGCGGUGUCGUCCGUGAUUCCACUCUCUCAUGUGUAGACCCCCUGGCAAUUGAGAUAUCCAGUCCCCUUCACUUAAGGGCUUCAGCCCACCCCUUUUCACCUGGGGAAAGCUAUGAACCCCUCCACCUUCCCUGGUCCCUGAGACCUGGGGCAUCUUCUGUCCCUAUCACUCUUCUCUCCUGGACCUAGGGUCCCUGAGACCUGGGGCAUCUUCUGUCCCUAUCACUCUUCUCUCCUGGACCUAGGGUCCCUGAGACCUGGGGCAUCUUCUGUCCCUAUCACUCUUCUCUCCUGGACCUAGGGUCCCUGAGACCUGGGGCAUCUUCUGUCCCUAUCAGUCUUCUCACCUGGACCUAGGGUCCCUGAGACCUGGGGCAUCUUCUGUCCCUAUCACUCUUCUCUCCUGCACCUAGGGUCCCUGAGACCUGGGGCAUCUUCUGUCCCUAUCAGUCUUCUCUCCUGGACCUAGGGUCCCUGAGACCUGGGGCAUCUUCUGUCCCUAUCACUCUUCUCUCCUGCACCUAGGAUCCCUGAGACCUGGGGCAUCUUCUGUCCCUAUCACUCUUCUCUCCUGCACCUAGGGUCCCUGAGACCUGGGGCAUCUUCUGUCCCUAUCAGUCUUCUCUCCUGGACCUAGGGUCCCUGAGACCUGGGGCAUCUUCUGUCCAUAUCACUCUUCUCUCCUG